UCUAAGGAAGUCCGAAUGACCAAGCCUGGUAGCUCAGAGUUGAAAACCACAACAAAAUCUCCUGUCAUAUACCGGUGUAAGAAAUGCCGAAGAAUUGUUGCUUCUGAGGAGAAUAUAGUUUCCCAUCAACAUGGAAAAGGUGACUCAAGCUUCAAGUGGAAAAAGAGGAGUGGCAACCCAUGGGAAAAGGAAAAGCAAAGUGAGUGUACCUCUUUAUUCGUCGAGCCCAUGAAGUGGAUGCAAGCAGUACAAGAAGGUAGCGUGGAGGAUAAACUUCUCUGUAUGGGCUGCAAUGCUCGUUUGGGUUACUUCAACUGGGCAGGUAUGCAGUGCAGCUGUGGAGCCUGGGUUAACCCGGCAUUUCAGCUUCAUAAAAGCCGAUUAGAUGAGUGCUAUAUUUGAUCAUUUGCCCCGAGCUGUCCCAGGAAAGGGACGUGGUUUCAAUAAAUAAUAGUUUAGCAUGUAAACUAAUGUCUUCAUGUACAAGGCAGGUCAGGCCGGCGUGAUGUCUUCAAGCUGAAGUUAGAUUUAAUGCUAGUAAAGGAACAUGUGGCAGUACUUUCUUCUCAUAUUAAUCUGCAUUAUUACUCUUCUUUUCUGCAAUUUUUUUUCCCUUUCCUUGUGUGGCCUAGUAUAAAUGGUAAUAGCAUCAUUUUUUCCCUUCCCGCAUCUUGAGCUUUAGUGGAUUGUCAGGACCGAGAACGGGUUAUAUGCUAUUUUAGAACAUGAUAAUGGUCGAAGUUUUGUGC